CAAUGUGUGUGAUAGUAGUUGAUGUAAUGUGGUGUUUAUUUAGUGUACAACAAUGUUUCAUUCAUUGUUAAUCAUGAUUAUUUUUAGUGCAAUUUCUAUCCAAGCUGACGUGAGUGAAGAAGAAAGUCAACGGUUUUCACAAGAGCAAUGUAAGAUAUCUGAUGAUCCAGAUUCAUGUCCUCUCUCAACAAAUACGGAGAGGGAAGAAGAAAAAGAAUGUCCUUUUUUAAAAAGGAAACGUGAAAAGGCAAAGAGUAAAAACGCAGAGAAAACAGAAGGAGCAGAAGAAACCUGUCGCCAAAGUUGCCAUAAAAGAUGUUUGGAAUACCAAAAGCCUACAGAGUUCUACUACGACGUCAACUCAAAAGAUUAUUACUUUGAUUCUUAUGCUCAUGUUGGGAUUCACGAGGAUAUGAUAAAAGAUCGAGUGCGAACCAAUACUUAUAGAAUGGCAAUCAUGAACAAUCCUCAUCUUUUCAAGGGGAAAACAGUCUUGGACAUUGGAUCGGGGUUAGGAAUCCUCUCCCUAUUUGCAGCAAAAGCAGGAGCAAAGCGAGUGAUAGGCAUAGAGUGCUCGACGAUUGCAGAGCUCAGCGAGAAGAUUGUGAAGGAUAACAAUAUGUCUGACACAAUUACAAUUGUGCGGGGUAAAGUAGAAGAGGUUGAACUUCCUGAUGGGAUUACUAAUGUUGAUGUCAUCAUUUCUGAAUGGAUGGGCUACUGCCUUCUGUUUGAGUCGAUGUUGUCGACAGUAAUCUUCGCACGGGACAAGUGGCUGAAGCCUGGAGGUGUCAUGUUUCCUGACAGAGCCACCAUCUACCUGACAGCCAUCGAGGACAGUCUCUACAAACAAGAUAAGAUACUCUGGUGGAACGACGUCUACGGCUUCAACAUGAGCGUUGUUGGUCAAGUAGCCAUGUCAGAGCCCAUAGUUGACAUUGUGGAUAAGAAAAACGUAGUGACCACGACCACUCCCCUCCAGACAUUCGACCUUUACAAAGUCACAGAGGAGGAUAUGAAGUUCUCCGCUUCAUUCUCUAUCCACGCUCUACGAGCUGACUACGUCCACGCGUUGGUCGUCUACUUUGACGUAGAGUUCCUCCGUUGUCACGUUCCUCUCGGCUUCUCCACCGGCCCUGAGAGUCAUUACACUCACUGGAAACAAACCAUCUUCUACUUGCGAGACUUCAUCAUGAUACGACCAGAGGAGGAAAUAUCCGGGACAUUCUCUGCGUCUCCGAACCUCAUUAGUGGAAGAGACUUGGACGUUGAAAUUAGUGUUUUGUUCAAAGGAAAGUUGGGGUUCUUGAAAGAAACGAAUAGUUAUAAGGUUAGGUGAUACUAUUGACUUUUGGAUAACUUACUGAAGUGGGCACAUCUAUACUUUAAGUUAGCUGUAUGCAGUUUAUAAUAUAAGAUAGACAAUGAGUUUUCUUUAAAAUUUUUUUUAUAGGGUUAUCAGUAUUGUAUAAUUGUGUAAUUGUAUAUAAAAUAAAUUUUAUAGCCAGAUUAUGUUAGUCCCUCUGUGAAAGGUACUUACUUUACUUGUACUGUACAGCAAUGUAUAGUUUUAAAAACUGCCAAUUGAUAUUUAUCGAUACAA